AUGAUGGGUCAACUACCAGAGGAAGUGAUGGACAGUUUGUGCACCGAGGAGAUGGAAUGUAAGAUUUGCUAUUGUGCUUACAAUCUGUCCAGUCGGCGACCCAAAGUGCUUGAGUGCUGCCAUCGUUUGUGCUCCAAAUGCUUGGAAAAGAUUCUCAAUUUAGGCGAAUCACCACAAAACUCAGUGGUCUGCCCUUUCUGCCGCUUCAUUACUGGUCUUCCUGGAGAAGCUGGUGGUACCCUACCAGAUGACUACAACUUGGUGAGUGUGCUGUCCAUUCAAAACCAAUAUCUGAACUUGAAAGGAAGCCAGGAUGAGAUUUUGCUCAGUCCUGGACGUCUAAAUUCUCUGGUUGGUCACUCAGCAUCAGCAACAUCCUCAUCUGUAUACUCCAACUAUGUGGUUAUCGCCAUUAUGGAAUCACCACAGGAGCAUGCCAUUUUAGCAGAUCACCGAUCCUCUAGCCUUGACUCCAUGGCCUCAGUGACACGACGCUGCACAGUGUGGAACUGUACAACACUGCUGUGCCAGGCAUUGGCGCAAAUUCUGGUGUGGGUCCUGGGCUUGCUGUAUUUCAGCUCUCUGCCAAUAGGUGUUUACUUACUCAUCAUGCAGAAGACCACUCUGGGAGUUCUGUUGAUGAGCCUGGUGCCUGUCAGUCUGCUCAUGAUCAUGGUGUAUGGGAUGUGCCAGUGUGUUUGCCAUGAGUUUUGGGACUGUGUACCACUAUAA